AUGGCUUCCAAGUACUAUGCUCAGACCAUCUCUUCUGGCUCUGUCAAGGGAUUAUGUGGCCCAGGUGGAGGACUUGCCCGGAUGUCUUCGGUCCAUUCUGGUGGCUCAUGCAGAGCACCAAGCCUGGCUUUCGGCAGCAGAAGUGUUUCAUCUUCUUCCAUUAAGCUGGGCUCUGGAAGUUGCUUGCCCAACAUCUGCCCUCCAAACGGCUCCUUUGGACUUGGUUUCGUUGGAAGCCAUGGCUGGCAUGAUGAAGGGAUCUUCAGUUGCAACGAAAAGGAGCUGAUGCAGUGCUUGAAUGACCGCCUAGCUAGCUACUUGGAGAAAGUGCGAUGCCUAGAGCAAGAAAAUGCCAAUUUGGAAUGCAAGAUCCGUGAAUGGUAUGAAUGUCAAGUCCCCUACGUGUGCAUCGACUUUCAGUCUUAUUACAAAAUUAUUGAAGAGCUCCAACACCAGAUCCUGUGUGCCAAGACAGACAAUGCCAGGCUAGUUUUGGAAAUUGACAAUGCUCGCCUAGCAGCUGAUGACUUCAGGACCAAGUAUGAGACAGAGAUGGCUCUUCGCCAAAGUGUUGAGGCUGAUAUCAAUGGGCUGCGCAGAAUUUUGGAUGAGCUGACUUUAUGCAGGGCUGACCUGGAAGCUCAACUUGAGUCCCUCAAGGAGGAACUCAUUUGCCUCAAGAAGAACCAUGAGGAGGAAGCUAAUGUACUGCGCUCAAAACUUGGGGCCAGAGUUAACGUGGAGGUGGAUGCCGCCCCAUCAUGUGACCUGAACAAGACGCUAGAUGAGAUCAGGAGUCAGUAUGAAAGCCUGGCUGAAAAAAAUCGCAGAGAUGUUGAGACUUGGUUCACCUCCAAGAUGGAGGAGCUGAACCAACAAGUGAUGUCUAGCGGUGAAGAGCUGCAGUCUUGUCAAUCAGAGAUUAUUGAGUUGAGACACACUGUCCAGGCCCUUGAAAUUGAUCUGGAUGCCCAACAGAAUAUGAAAAGUGCUCUAGAAUGUACCCUGCAGGAAACAGAAGGCCGCUACGGCACUCAGUUAGCACAACUCCAAGGCCUGAUCAGCAACAUCGAGGCUCAGCUAGCUGACCUCCGGAAUGACAUGGAAUGCCAAAGCCAUGAUUACAAGAUUCUCCUGGAUGUCAAGAGCCGCUUGGAAUCAGAGAUUGCAACAUACAGACGUCUGUUGGAAGGAGAAGAUUGCAAGUUUCCCAGGAUCCCAUGUGUACCAGAAUGUCCCCCUCCAGUGUGUGCUCCAAUCUCCCACAUCACUAAAAAAAUUCGCACCAUCACCGAGGAGAUAAAGGAUGGAAAAGUCAUAUCCUCUAGAGAACAAGUCCAGCAUGUACCCCUCUAA